GCCGGCUUGACUUGCCAUUGCGGAUGGUGGCGAGGGCGACGAGCGACAGGCAAUUGGCGACAAGCGAGCAUACUGCGCUUCAGUUGUCAUCGAUAUAGCUGUGGGCGGUGGUGACGGCAGCUGUGAGCGGUGGCGAUAGGGUAGCGACUACAGCUGUGGGCGUGACAGCCUUGCAAGUAGAGUCCGGCUGGCGAUGGUGAUGCAGUUAGACGGCGUGUCGGACACGUGUGGCACUCGCCGGGGCCCAGGGCGCGCCAUCGUGGGCGUAUCUGGGACAGUGACCACCUUUGCUAGUGAGCAUUGUCAUCCUGGUAACCUUGGCCUGCACGCGGUGACGUUUCCGCUGCAGAUCUUUGCUCUUGUUGCGGCGUUGCCGUGGUGGGGCACGGCAGCGUACGUGGGUGCGGCGGGCUUGUCGGCUGCGACGAUGGAAGGCACGGGAGCUGCGGCGGCGUAUGUUGCCACUAUCCUUGCGCCGCUCUGGACUCUGGCAUGGGCCAUCGGAGGCAUGGGCGUGAUGCCUGCUGCCGCGAUGUGGCUGGCGGCUGGGAGUCUGCAGUUUGCUGUUGGCCACCUUAUCCUCGAGGGCCACCCACCCAAUACGGCACCGACAGGUACAUCUGCAUGCGGGCGCAUCGCACACGUGGUGUUUGAGGCUCUUCUUGCAGGCCCUUUUCUUCUCUUCUGCCUUCUUGUCGUCCACAAGGGCGCGAUCUGUGUCUGAGUCAUCCCCCUCUCACCCCGCAACCAAGCACUCUACCUUCCUCUGUACACGUGCACGAACAGUCCCUCUGUACACGUGCACGAACAGUAAGACGUCAUGCUUGGUAGCCA